GCGUUUGGCCGAUUACUCCAGUUUCUAGGAACACACCUUCAAGAACAACAGAGGAAUUAACCAGCUGAGCCCAGUAAUAACCCGUGUUUUUGUGUAUGUGAGCGGUGGUUAACCCCCACCGUACAAGAGAAGUGGUUAUUUAAUUUGACGCACGACAGAUAUCACAGCUAUUGUAGAGACUCAUACAGCUGACAACUACGACCAAGGUAUGUGCUGUCUGUUAACAAUUAAAAAGAGCAGUUAUCUUCUCUUCAUCAACUGGAUGUUAUAAAGGUUCAUCGUCAACGUAUACACCAAUACCAAACAUGAGGGAUCAUUAUAGUUUCUGUGUCAAACGUGUAGCUUCGCUGAUGGGGGGCACGGUUGUGGAUGAAAAAGUGUCCUCACUGAUCCAACGUGUGUGCCUCAACGUCAGCAAUAUUUUGAACGUCACCCGACGUUACAGUCUCAUGGAUCUUGAAGAAGAGGCCCCCGUGGAUCUAGCUGUGCCCCUCAUGGGAUAUGCUGCCCCUGCGGUCGUCUUCCUGACGCUGGUGUUGAAUGCUGUCGUUGUCGUCGUUCUCACUCGACGGCGACUCAGGUCGCCCACAAACGUCAUACUCGUCUCCAUCGCCGUGUGUGAUACAUUCACUGCAUUGUUCUCAUUACCGGGAUAUAUGUAUACGUACACUUACGAAGGUUACCGGAAUUACCCGAGUAUGGGCUGGUGUUAUGUGUUGACCUACCUGUGCCGGUUUACCCCACAAGUUCUCCACACAGUGUCACUGUGGUUGACAGCCUUACUGGCUUUCCAACGUUACGUAGGCGUUAAUCAAAUGAUGUGCAGAGCUUGGAUCAGUCGUUAUAAAGGCGUGGCUUUGUCUAUCGUGUUUUUGACCAUAUUUUCCUUCACAUCCCACUGUUUUCAACUCUUUCUAGUCUUAAAACCUGUAACCGUAAUAGGAAAAGAAUUAUUCACCCCUACAGGCAUUCAAAUCUCAAACACCUGUUACAGACAUUUAGCUGUUAUAAAAAACGUGGACUAUUUUUCGUAUGUGUAUACAUGGGUGAGACUAACCCUCGCUCAGGUUCUACCCUGUUGUCUUCUACUGGUGUUUAACCUCUGUCUCAUCAGGGCUACAUACAGAAGCUAUACAUACAGGCGACGCCUUGUUGUUGGACACAAGCUUUCCGAAUCCUCUGACACGAAAAACACGAUCCGGAUUUCGUUAAUGCUGCUUCUUGUGACGUGUUGCACGUGCAUUUUUGAAAUGUUCGUUGACAUCAAUCUGGUUUUAAAUUUCGCCCAAAUUUAUUCAAAACGAUUUUUGGUUUCCCCAGACACAUUAGGCAGGCUUCUCCUUGUCAGUAACUCCACAAUCAUCUUUUCGUUUCCUUUCAACUUCUUCUUUUACUUCGCGUUCAGCACCAACUUUCGGGUCGUGAUCUUGUCAUGCGUUAAACCGAAGCUCAAGCGGAAACUCACGCCCAACAGAGUGACACCGGGUGUUGAUGGGCGCAGUACACAUCAUUUCAGCCUAACACAUCUUCAGGGAAUCAGAAACAAUAACGGAUAUGCCGGAAGUGUUCUAUGAA